AUGGACUCUUAUACAAAGCAGAAGUCGUCUGCCAGGCCAUUCGUCAUCGCUCUCGCCUUUCUUGGAACUGUCUUCCUGGGGUAUAAACUUUUCUUCCAGGACACGCCAGUUGCACCAGUUCGCAGUGCUGUCGUAGUCUUGAACGGAGAAUCUCAUGUGACUGGAACUGUUACUUUCCAACAAAGCUCACCCAGCGGUCCUGUUCAGAUAUCCGGGAAAAUACAAGGGCUUUCUUCUGAUUCGCUCCAUGGAUUCCAUGUCCAUGUGUCUGGUGAUUUAAGCGGGGGUUGCCUAUCUGCAGGAGCCCACUUCAAUCCCUUUGGAAAGACUCACGGCGCCCCAAGUUCCUCUGUGAGGCAUGUCGGUGACUUGGGAAACAUCAAAACCGACAAAUCUGGCACCGCUAACAUUGAUUUCUCUGACCACCUCAUUUCACUCAAUGGUGCUACCUCCAUAGUUGGACGUUCUGUUGUUGUCCACGCUGGCACCGAUGACCUUGGCUUAGGUGGCAAUGAAGAGUCACUGAAAACCGGAAAUGCUGGUGGACGAGUUGCGUGUGGCGUCAUUGGUUUGUUCUCCAUCGAAUCUUUAAUAUAA